AUGGCGUUCCCUUUGACUGGUUUGGUGCUGGUUUGGUUCAAGAUGGCUCUCCAGUUUCAGCAACUCCUCUUGGGCUUUCUCCUCUCUGUAAAUGUGGUCAACAUCCAGGCUCAGGAGCAGACAGGUCAGUCUGAAGCGUGGACCAGCAGAUCCUGCAAAUGUGACUGCGAGGGAGAAGGUCCCACUGAAGGCUCCUCCUUCAGCUCCGCGAUGGUGCGAGGGGUGGACUGCAUGCCAGAAUGCCCGUACCACAAGCCUCUGGGGUUCGAGGCUGGAUCCGUGAGCGCAGAGCAGAUCACAUGUUCAAACCAGGAGCAGUACACCGGCUGGUUCUCCUCGUGGCUCCCCAACAAGGCCCGCCUCAACAGCCAGGGCUUUGGAUGUGCAUGGCUCUCCAAGUACCAGGACAACAACCAGUGGCUGGAGAUCGACUUGAAGGAGGUGAAAGUGGUCUCCGGUAUUCUGACCCAGGGCAGGUGCGACGCAGACGAGUGGAUCACCAAGUACAGCAUCCAGUAUCGCUCUGACAAGAAACUCAACUGGAUCUACUACAAGGACCAGACGGGCAACAACCGGGUUUUCUACGGGAACUCGGACCGCUCCUCCUCAGUGCAGAACCUCCUCCGUCCGCCCAUCGUGGCCCAGUUCAUCCGCAUCCUGCCCCUGGGCUGGCACACCCGCAUCGCCCUGCGCCUGGAGCUGCUGCUCUGCAUGAGCAAAUGCUCCUGA